UUAAUAUAAAACAAUUAUGAUACAUAAUUUUAAGGAUUUGGAAUUAAAAACUUGGAUUAUUUAACUUAAUAGCAGAGACAAGACUUUAUGGCUAGCAAGAAGCUUAUGAUAGCUCAUCUGAUGUCUCAACCAUAGAUCCUCACUUUGGAUUAGUCACUCUGUGAUGGUAAAAUACGAUAAAAUAAAUUUGGCUAAAAAUAUCUCCAGAAACUCCUUAUGUUUCUUGAAUGAACUUGAGAUUCAUGGAACUUUCAACAGAGCUAAAGCUGCAUUUAAUCCAAGAUUUAUGCUGAUCUAAUCGAGGUAGAACCUUAGUUGUCAAAGAAGAAGCCCUUUGCUGUUUUCGAUAAUUUUAAGCAUUAAAACAUGCCACAAACAGGGAUGAUUCAUGGAGAGAGCUUAUAAGCCUGAAUUCAUAAUACCACUCUCCUCAUAUCCAAAAUUCU